UAUCCGGCGUAAUAACCGCUUCUUCAUGUGCUCUUUCCUUCAUUCUCUCUAUAUAUUUAUGAUUCACUGUGCUGCUUCUCGCUCUCCCUUUCCCUGUUAUCUCUCAUCCAUCUUUCUGUGGUACCCUUUUUGUUUCCAUAGCCAGACAUGGGAAAUUGCUUCACAAGCAACCAAGUUAUUGUGUCUCGGGAUGAGAUUAAGCAUCAUCAUGAACAACAAAUAGAAGCUGGAAGAUCUUUCCCCACGCAGGGUAGGCAAGUUGAGAGCAGUGAGAAGAGGAAGAUGGUGAGGUUCAAAUUACGUGACGAAGAUAAGAAAGACAAUGGUGGUGGUUGUGGUGGGGGUGGAGGUAUGAGGAUUAGGGUUGUGGUGACUAAAGAAGAGUUGAAGCAAAUCUUGAGUCACAAGAAUAAGGAUUUCAAGUUCUCUUCUAUGGAGCAACUGGCAAGGGUAGUGAGGUUGAGAGAGAUGAGGAUUCAUGAAGCAGAAGGCAUCAAUGGUAGUUGGAAGCCAGCUUUGGAGAGCAUUCCUGAGGACCACUGAUGGCUGUAAUUAAUUAUUUAGUAUUGUGAUAGCUAACAAUAAAAUUAAUUAAGGGUGUUGAUUAAUUAUGUAGGCUUAAUUAUCUUGUUUUUAUAUUUAAUUUGUAAUUGGCGAGUCUGCAUUUUUUAGUCUCAUGUACUUGCUUUGGGUAUCACUUGUCACAAUUGACAAGUGUUGGAUGAUGUGAAUCCUUCCUUUGUGAA